CAUGUAUGUACUUUCUACAUUGAUCACACCAUCUGUUCUCAACCCAUGAGAUUUAUUCUCCAAACUCUCUCAUUUAAAUUCCAGUCCACUUCUAUACUCAGAAAUGGAAAAGAGAGCCAUGGCAAAGUUCGUAUGGAGUUUAUUUCCUCUACUGAUGAGUAUGAUCUUCAUAUCCUCUGUUUUUCCUUCUCUAUGUGAUCAGCCCACAGACCUUGUUUCUUGUUUAACAUAUCACAACAUUAAUAAUUUCACCACAUACCCAAAAACAUGUACUGAUUCUGCAGUUUACUAUAACCUCCUGAAUUUCUCUAUACAAAAUCUACGAUUUGCUGAACCAUCCAUUCCCAAACCAAUAGCCAUUGUACUACCAAUGAGUAAAGAACAACUAGUGAAUAGCGCUGUUUGCUGUAAGAAAGGAUCACUGGAAAUUAGAGUAAGGUCCGGUGGGCACAGCUACGAAGGUACUUCAUUGACUGUCACUGAUAGAGCACCAUUUGUGAUUAUUGACAUGAUGAAUCUAAACAAAGUCAAGGUGGAUUUGGCAUCAGAAGCUGCAUGGGUUGAAGGGGGUGCUACACUAGGUCAAACCUACCAUGCAAUUGCCCAAUCAAGCAACAUUCAUGGCUUCUCGGCAGGCUCGUGUCCAACUGUUGGGGUUGGAGGGCACAUUGCUGGAGGUGGAUUUGGGUUGUUAUCAAGAAAAUAUGGACUUGCAGCUGACAAUGUGCUGGAUGCAUUUCUGAUUGACGCAGAUGGACGGUUACUAGAUAGGGAAGCCAUGGGAGAAGAUGUGUUUUGGGCCAUCAGAGGAGGCGGUGGGGGUGUAUGGGGGAUUAUUUAUGCAUGGAAGAUCCAAUUGUUGAAAGUACCUCAAACCGUAACAAGUUUCGUUGUGUCUAGGCCUGGGACAAAACAUCUUGUGACCAACCUAGUGCACAAAUGGCAAUUUGUUGCACCUAAUUUGAAAGAUGAGUAUUAUUUAUCGGUUUUUGUUGGUGCUGGUUUGCCUAAAGCGAAAACAAUUGGAAUAAUAUCAGCAACGUUUAAAGGGUUUUAUCUAGGUCCAAGAAGUGAAGCCAUUUCCAUUCUAAACAGGGUCUUCCCAGAAUUGGGUGUUGUGGAAGAAGAUUGCAAAGAAAUGAGUUGGAUAGAGUCCAUUGUUUUCUUCUCUGGUCUAGAUAAUGGAAGCAUCCCUGACUUAAAAGACCGCUACUUGCACAACAAAGGGUAUUUCAAGGCCAAAUCAGACUACGUGAGGACUCCAAUUUCAUUUAAUGGCAUAAAGGCUGCGUUGGACAUACUUGAGGAGGAACCAAAAGGUUAUGUCAUUUUGGAUCCUUAUGGGGGAGUUAUGCAAAGGAUAAGUAGUAACUCCAUUGCUUUUCCUCACAGAGAAGGUAACCUUUUCGCCAUUCAGUAUCUUGUUGAGUGGAAAGAAGAAGAUAACAAUGUCAAAAACAUGGCUGAAUACUACAUAGAUUGGAUAAGAGGAUUUUAUGAUUCAAUGACACCAUAUGUUUCAUUGGGUCCAAGGGCUGCUUACAUUAACUACAUGGACGUCGACCUUGGAGUGAUGGAAGAGGAGUUGCUAAUUAAUAGUGGCGCUCCCUCUCCUUCUCCUGCUGAUGAGGUGGAGAUGGCUAGGGUUUGGGGUCAGAAGUAUUUCUUACAGAACUAUGAUAGAUUGGUUAGAGCCAAGACACUCAUUGACCCACUUAAUUUUUUCAGGCAUCAACAAGGCAUCCCUCCAAGGACAUCCACGACCAAUACUGUUGUCAAUGCAAAGCUAGCCUAGCAGAGGUACUAAUGAAUGAAUGAGACGAGAUGAUGGCUAUAUAUAUAGAUAAAUAGAUAAAUAUAUCUCUGUAAUAGUAACUUCAUAGGUUGGGGAUGGGAAGUAUGCAGUUUAUCUUGCCCCCAACAAAAUGUCAUGCAAGACUCGUACAAAUUGCCAGUGGCAAUGAUUUCUAUGUACUUCUUGUUUCUUUGCUUUUCUUAGAGGUGAAAAAAGAAGCAACAUGCAUGUGAGAUUCAGUAACAAAUUGAAUCUGAC